AUGUCUAAUCCUUAUGGGUAUGCAGCUGAAUCAUAUCAGCCACAUCAAAAUAACAAUCUACACCACCCACAACCUCAAUACACACAACCAAUUCCUGCUGCAGCAACUGGAGGGCAACCACAACAACCACAACAACAUGGUCAACCACAGCCAGGACAACCACAAUUUGGUAAUUUCCUCAAUGAUCCUGCUGCUGCUCUAGCUUCUCAAUUUGCUAGAUCUGGGUUCCAACAAUCCAAUCAAUACAUACAGGAAAACUUUGGUUCUUUUUCUGGUGAUAUCAAGUAUUAUUUCCAAGUUAGUAAUUCAUAUGUCUUAAAGAAAAUUUUACUUAUAUUGUUUCCUUUUCGUCAUAAAGAUUGGACAAGAAUAUUGGCAAAAGAUAAUGGACUGGGUCAGUAUUUACCACCAGCCUAUGAUGUCAAUGCACCUGAUUUAUAUAUUCCCUUAAUGUCAUUUGUAACUUAUAUUUUGUUGUGGGCCGCAUUUCAAGGUUUAAGCGGAGAGUUUCAUCCCCAGUUGUUUGGAUACUUGGCAUCUCAAACAUUGGCAUUUGCCGUAUUGGAUGUAGCUAUAUUCAAAAUUGGAUUAUAUUUAUUAAAUUGUUCCCAGAUAAAGAUUUAUGAUAUUAUAAGUUUUUCAGGAUACAAGUAUGUUUCAAUUGUUGUAGUAUUAUGUUUGAAACAUACUAUAGGUCAGUAUUUGGGUUGGGCUUAUUAUUUGAUUGUUUUGGGUUUUAUUCUUUGCUUGUCGGUGUUUCUAAUGAGACUGUUGAGAUAUAUUAUCUUACCACCAACCAAUGGCAAUACAGUUAGUAAUAAUUCAGUUGUUACUAGUAAACAAAGGAAAAUGAGGAUUCAAUUCUUGUUUGUUUAUGCUGUGAUCAUUCAAGGAUUGAUAUUCCUUUAUAUGAGUAAGUAG